AUGGUGAUGGAGUUGCCAAGGUUCUUUGCACUUGAAUCGGUUGAUGUUUCAAAGUAUCUGUGCCCCGAUGUCCUCAUUAAUGAUGAUUAUCGCCUCGAAUUUUCGUCAGCUGCCUGUAAAGAUGUUGGAUAUCCAACAGUGGGGCAAGACAUCGUCACCACUGGCGACAGAAGCAUCCACUUAAAAUCAAAUUGGACAAACAACCACUGGCAUCAAGAUGAUGAUAGUUGCAUCCGGGCAUCCAACAGUUCCAGUAGUGCUAACUUGUUUCAGCCAAUUAGAGUCGCCAACAACACCAUCGCUCUGCCAUGCUUCGGUAACAACAAAUUCUGCAGGAGCGUCAAGGACGUCGACAACUACUAUCUCAAAGCUGAUGUGCCCACCAUCAAUCGCGGAACGCGUCUCCAGGUGGAGGAAGCUGUGCUGUCUAGGAGUAUCUACAACGUCCAAUUUCGUGAGACGGACGGUAGGAUCUACGACGCGACAGAUAUAAAAGUGGCAUCAGGAGAAGUGGUAAACCAGAACAAGCUCGAGGAUACUAUAGAGCUAAAGCUUUCUUAUGAAGACACCCGGACUCGCAGUUGGAAUUUCAGUGCUUCGUUGAUGCUGGGUGGAGGAUAUUACAUGGAAGCCGGCAUACCUCUGAUUAUUGAUAACGGGUACGAAGUUUCAGGUUCCAUUACCUUAGGCCUUCAAUAUGCAUCAACUACUUCAACUAAAAGGUUAGCUGAGACUGUUUAUAGAGUUAAUGUCUGCCCUCAUACAAGAGUGAAGGUGACUACGAAAGGAAAAUGCGACGUGACCUUCUCAUACACCCAGUGUGAUACCCUUUAUUCUGGCAAAACAGAAACCUACAAAAAUUACGAUGGCGUCUUCACAGGUAGCAAUGCUUACAACUUGAGGUACGAGACAGAGGAAAAAGCUCUUUGA